UCAAAAAAACAUGUUUCUUAAAUUGCCAAACAACACCACUCAUAUUGGUCCUCUACAGUGAAGGUCUCUCCCUCAGCGCGAAAUCGAUCCUCUCCUUCAGCGUCGUCUGCAACUCCCUCCAUCUGACCUGUUCUUCAAGGUCGGAGAAUUGAAGAGAGAGGUCUAAGAUGGACAGAGAGUGGGGUUCGAAGCCUGGUAGCGGUGGCGCCGCCUCUGCCCAAAAUGAAGCCAUAGACCGGCGUGAGCGGCUGAGAAGACUCGCCCUCGAAACCAUUGAUAUUGCUAAAGAUCCCUAUUUUAUGCGCAACCAUCUCGGAAGCUAUGAGUGCAAACUUUGCUUGACAUUGCACAACAACGAGGGGAAUUACUUGGCGCAUACACAAGGGAAGCGACACCAGACCAAUUUGGCCAAGAGAGCUGCUCGCGAGGCCAAGGAGGCCCCUGCUCUCCCUCAGCCUCACAAGCGCAAGGUUACCCUUAAAAAGUCUGUUAAAAUUGGUAGGCCUGGUUAUCGUGUGACAAAACAGUUUGAUCCAGAGACAAAACAGAGGUCUCUUCUCUUCCAGAUUGAAUAUCCUGAGAUUGAAGAUAAUACAAAGCCAAGGCACCGAUUUAUGUCAUCCUUUGAACAAAGGGUCCAAUCCUUUGACAAAAGAUACCAAUAUCUUCUGUUUGCAGCUGAACCAUAUGAGAUCAUUUCUUUCAAGGUUCCUAGCACGGAGAUUGACAAAUCCACUCCAAAGUUCUUCUCGCAUUGGGAUCCCGACUCAAAAAUGUUCACGUUGCAGUUAUAUUUCAAACCCAAGCCACCAGAGGCAAACAAAGGCCAACCAACCCCUGCAGCUAAUGGCACAACCGCUCCUGGUGUUCCACCAAGGCCUUUGCCACCACCAUCCCAAGCUCCACCUCCACCACCGCCUCCACCGCAAGGGCCUCCAGCAGGACCACCAAUGGGGAAUCCUCCUAGAGGCCCGCCACCAGGAUCUGUGCUGCCACCACCUCCUCCAAUGGGAAAUGGACCUAGGCCUAUGCCACCAGGUGGAAAUCUACCUGCUCCACCACCGCCACCAGUUGGUGGUGGUGCCAUGGCAAACUUCACUCCUGGCACUCAGAUGGGAAGGCCUCCAAUGCCGCCACCUCCACAAGGUUUUCCAGGACAACAAAUGAUGGGGCAGCAGGGAAUUCAUCCGCCUCCACCACCUCAUAAUAUGGGAUAAGUGGUCCCACGUAUAGUCUUGGCACAUCGGUAGGUAUGCAAGAGUUGUGUUUGUAUGCAUUUAAAAACUUAAUUUCAAGUUUGUUGUGAUUGGAUAUGUUGAUGAAUUGGGAAAAGAGAUAUGAGAGCUUGAACUGUAGUUGCUCAUACCGAUGUGCAUGUUUCAGUUUUGGCAAAACCUGUAUUAAAUGUUUUACUUUUUGGUUCAUGAACCUUCUUUCUUUGACGGUUGACUAGUUGAUGAAAUGACAAAUUAACGGAAGGCGGUUAUAGGUUUUGUUUGGAUUA